CCCACCUCCUCGGUGUGAUUGCUCUGUAGCCUAGAGGGACUAUUUGUGUGGCCGGAGCUGUUGCUGCUGCUGCUUUCGUUGCCCUGCCCCUGCUGGUCCUGCAUUCUCAACGUAUAGGAGCCCAGAUUAGAGAGGAAAAAAUGGUAACAGCUCAGGAAGAAGACUUGCAGCAGCUUCUUGAGGAAUUUCUUGAAGAUAAAAAGAACAAGCAAAUAGAAGAAAAAUUGAAACAACUAAUAGAAGACCCAAAAAAUGACAUACAAAAGAGCAUUGAUGAAAUGAUAAAAACAAAUACUGACCUAGAGAUGGAGAUUAAAAAGCUUGAAACUGAGUUGGAACGACCUUCAUCCUAUAUGAUUAAAAAGAAUGUUCCUAAAAAGAAAAUGAAGUUCACAUCGGUGGAGAGCCCUGAGGAUGACAGCCAAUAUUUAAAUAUCUCCUGUUCAUUUCAAGUAACUACACAAUUUGAGUAUGAGUUGCAGCAAGGACAAGCACUUAUCACCUUUGAAGACGAACAAGUUGCACAGAAUGUGAUAAAAACAGGAAAACAUCUUGUACAGCUUGAGAAUGAGAAGGUGAAAUUGACAGCCAAAGCUGUCCCACUGAAAACAAGUCUAAGUCUUCAGGUUAACACAAAGAUUUCUAAGAAAAAGAUUGAUGUUGCUGAAAUACCUGAUGUGUUAUCUGAAGAACAGAUGAGAGAUAAAUUGGCACUGAGUUUCAGUAAAUCCCAUUAUGGGGGUGGAGAAGUAGAACAUGUGGAAUAUCAUAAAAAUUCCCGAACAGCUGUUAUUACAUUCCUUGAGAAUGGAGUUGCUGAUAAUAUUCUCAAGCGCAAGGAAUAUCCUCUUUAUACAAGUACCAACUCCUAUCAAAUUGUUUAUGUUUCCCCACAUGUGGAAAAACAAAUAGAAAAGCUGCAGGUAUUUUCAGGAAUUUCUAAGAGGACUGUCCUUCUGAUGGGACUUAAAAAUAUCCAAGAAGAUGAAGAAAUUAUAGAAGAUGAAAUUCAUAUUCAUUUUCAGAAAGGGUCGAAUGGGGGAGGGGAUGUAGAAGUUGUUAAAUGUGCCCUCAAAAAACCUCAAAUAGCAUAUUUUGAGCCUGAUCUAGAUCAGGGGUGCUUAACCUGGGGGUUAUGAGCUUAUUCAAAUUUUUUUGAUAACUAUAUUUCAAUAUAAUUGAUUUAUUUUGCAAUCCUAUGCACUUUAUGCAUUUAAUAAGAUUAUUCUGAAGAGUCCAUAGACUUUAUCCGACUGCCAAAGGGGUCUUGUCAUCCCCACACACAAAAAAGGUUAAGAAUUCCUGAUUCCUGAGAGAGCCAUAUAAGAAAUUACAGAAGCUGGAUACAAACUUAGAUUGUGCUAAAAAUGCUUACAUUGCUUUGAAGUUCUUUUCUUAAAAACAAAAAAUAACUUUUUACUUUUUAGUUUCCACUUGCUCUUAAAAUAAAAAAUAUAUUCCUUUUGUUUUUUUAUUCUAACUUGGUUCCAAAGAUGUUGAAUACUUCAGAACUCUGAUCAGUACAAUGCCAAACCACAAUUCCAGAGCAUUGAAGGUGAAGCAUAGUAUUUACCACCUAUCAGAGAGGUGAAGGGCUCAAAAAUCCAGAAUGAUACAUACAUUUCUGGACAUGGCCAAUUUGGGAAUUUGUAUUGCUUUAUUGUAUGGAUAUUUGCUGUGAGCUUUUUUAUUUUCUUUCUCUUUUUUUUCCCUCAAAUGGGGAAGAGGCAGUUUUGAGGGAGGGAAAAUAAAUGCUUGUUAAUUGAAAAAGAUAAAUUAAGAUUAAUUAGAUUGAAUUAGAUUAGUUAAUUAGAUUAAUUAGAUAAAUUAUGUUUUUAAAAGGUGUUGAAUAAAAGGUCCUCAUUAAAUAUCACUCAAAUUAAAUGACUGAA